CUUUUGUCUGCAAAGCACAGAAAUGAAUGGCCUUGUGUGCGCGCGUGCACGUGAACUUUAGCAUCCAACAGCGCCUCCUGCUGUGUGUGCAAAAAACUAUGGUCACCAAUUUCAGAGCAACACCCGGAGCCCAAACAUUACGUAAGUUGAGGCUGCUGACGCGGGCUUUCCCUCUAAAGGCGCAUGCAUGAACUUUGCUUGGCAUCUCCUGAACGGCUCCAAACUGUCACGCCGCUCAGCUUCAUCAGCCUGCAGAAGAAGCUUUACCUCACAGCGUGUCAUGAUGUCCCGGCACAUUAACGCCAAAAGAAUCGCAGGCCUGGACAAGAACGUCUGGGUGGCGUUCACCUCAGUGGCGGCGGACCCAUCCAUCGUUAACCUUGGCCAAGGCUACCCAGACAUCCCCCCACCCUCAUAUGUUAAGGAGGCUCUGGCGAAGGCGGCGUCGGUGGACCGCAUGAAUCAGUAUACCAGAGGCUUUGGUCACCCAUCUCUGGUGAAAGCCCUUUCCCAGGUGUAUGGAAAGGUGUGCGGGCGUCAGAUCGACCCCUUCAAGGACAUCCUGGUGACGGUCGGGGGUUACGGUUCCCUGUUUAGCACCAUGCAGGCCCUGGUGGAGGAAGGAGACGAGGUCAUCAUAAUUGAGCCUUUCUUUGACUGCUAUGUACCCAUGGUGAGAAUGGCAGGAGGCCAGCCGGUGCUGAUACCUUUACGGCCUAAGCCUGGAAAGAUUCCAACCUCAAGCACCGACUGGUAUCUGGAUCCAGACGAGCUCUCCAGAAAGUUUAACUCGCGGACAAAGGCGAUCAUCAUCAAUACUCCCAACAAUCCCAUUGGGAAGGUUUUUACCAAAGACGAGCUGCAGGUGAUCGCAGACCUCUGCAUCAAACACGACACUCUGUGCUUCAGUGACGAGGUGUACGAGUGGCUGGUCUACAAAGGACACCAACACGUCAAAAUUGCCACUCUGCCUGGGAUGUGGGACAGAACCAUAACUAUUGGCAGUGCAGGAAAAACCUUCAGUGUCACUGGAUGGAAGCUCGGUUGGUCUAUUGGACCAGAGCAUUUGAUAAAACAUCUCCAGACCGUCAUGCAGAACUCCUUGUACACGUGUCCAACCCCUCUGCAGGAGGCCGUGGCUCAAGGUUUUCUCUUGAACUAUGAGAUGAUGGGUCGGCCCGAGUGUUACUUCUCUGCUCUUGCUGAAGAGCUUGAGGGAAAGAGGGACCGGCUGGCCGCCAUCCUGCUGGAGGCCGGGAUGACUCCGGUUGUCCCAGAGGGGGGGUACUUCAUGCUGGUGGACGUCACGCCUCUGGGUCAGGACUUGUCACUGAUGGCUGAAGAUGAAGCUUAUGACUACAAGUUUGUGAAGUGGAUGAUUAAGGAGAAGAAACUGGCAGCCAUUCCAGUCACUGCUUUUGUAGGAGAAGACUCCACGAAGCACUUUGAGAAAUACAUUCGCCUUUGUUUUAUUAAGCAAGACAGCACUCUGGAAGCAGCUGGAAACAUCCUGAGAAACUGGAGGAGAGUCUGAGGAGAAAUGUUGAGCUGAAGGAGUCCAGCUUUACUGCUGAGUAUCUGCAAAUCUGUUUUAUAAUCAAAAAAUUCAAAAUGACUUUUUAAAGCAUUUGACUUCAAAGGGAGGUGAACAGUGGGCUUGAUUUGAAAUGAGACUUUAAUCCAAAGUUGUUGGUCUUUUGAAAUCAAAUGCUGGUUUGAUCCCGAAAAGAUGAUCUGAUGGACAGAGUUGCUGUGUUCCAGCUGAUUGUCUCUGCUGGCAUUUAUUUAGAAAUGUUACAGAUGUUACUCAUCGUGGUUUUUCCAUGUUUGCUUCCUUUCCAGCACUUUUCAAUAAAACGAAAAUCAUUAAAAACUAAACAUCAUUUUAGAA